GAAGAUUUGAGAGUGAUCUCCCUUGCAUAAAUAGUUCAGGAAAUUCGUCUGUUUGUUGAAAUGGAGUUAAUAUUUCAUGAAAAGCAAGAAGGCUCCUUGUGUGCACAGCAUUGUUUAAAUGCAUUGCUCCAAAAUCAGUACUUCUCUGCGGUAGAUUUAGCUCAAAUAGCUGAAAGACUGGAUGUUAGAGAAAGAGAAUUUAUGGCAGAAGGUGGGGUACACACAUGAGAAUAUCAGCAGUUUCUACAGCAACCCUCCAGUAAUUUUGAUGAUAGUGGUUUCUUCUCUGUACAAGUUAUAUCUGAUGCCCUAACAGUCUGGGGUUUAAAGAUGAUACCAUACAACAGUCAAACAGAACAAGCUAAUCAAGCAAGAAUAAAUCCCAAUAAUGAACGAGCAUUUAUUUGUAAUUUUCAACAACAUUGGUUUGCUGUUAGAAAGUUGGGUCAUCAGUGGUUUACUUUAAAUUCUUUGUUAACUGGUCCAGAACUUAUAUCUGAUACGUAUCUUUCUUUAUUUUUAACACAGUUACAACAGGAAGGUGAGUCAUUAUCUAUACAAUAA